CUUCUCACUGCAUCUUCACAUCAUCUCCUCUGUGUGUGUGUCUGUGUCUAAAUUUCCUCUUCUUACAAGGAUACCAGUCAUUUUUGGAUCAGGGUCCACCCUAAUGAUCUUAUCUUAACUUAAUCACUUCUGUAAAGACCGUGUCUCCAAAUAAUAUGAUCACUUUCUGAGGUAUAUGGGGGUUAGGACUUCAUCGUGAAUUUUGGUGGAACACCAUUCAGCUUCUACCAGAUGCGUGGUUACACAUCUAGUAGGGUGCGUUACAGUGGAGGAAUACUUAGCUUGGGUGAUGCAUCAUGGAAACAAGCCUGCUCUUGUUCAGAGGGGAUAUUACCUCAUCCUUCAAGGUUGCUUGCUGAAAACACAAUUCUGAGAAAAGACCUGGGUAAAGAGUGUCAGGGCCUUGCAUUCUUGACACAUAGCCAGAACAUGCAGGGAUGUUUGGGACCCAUGUGGAUUGUCUGUCUCAAAGCAAUACAGUUAAAAUCUCAGAUGAGGGAGCAACUGUGACAGCAUCAGUCUUUACCAACUCGGGUUCUGCUGUACACAGCUGUAGAAUCCAUCACACCUCUCCAAUAGUCUUCUACACUGGAGGAAAGCCUCAGCCACAGGUCCUUAGUUUGCAAUAAUUAUACUUAUAAAUAUCUUUAUAAUACCAGUCAGGAAGUAAGUGUGCAGCUUAGUUAAUUAUUAUGUUGUCUACUUUUGUCAACAUAAUGGGAAAUAUAUUUAACUUAGAGGAAUAGAUGAUUUCUUUACUGUGUAGUUGUUUAUAGAAAAAAGUACUCAAAAAUAUGUUCAGAGUAAUUGAAUGGAAAUAACUCUUAUUUCUUUCAGUAGAUGGACUUGCCACUUAUAUAUGUUAUAAUUUUAUUUUUGAACAUAUUUGAUUUUUCACCAGGAAAAAUAUAUUAUAAAGGUGGUAAGGAGAAACACUUUGGUUGUGCUAGCCAAGGAUUCCCCCAAAAUAAUGAAAUAAUAAAGUUGUAUCGUUCCUCAGAUGACUUGAAAAUCCAGUGUUUUUUACAUCAUGAAGGUGAGCUUACUUCAAAGGAAUUUCUAAGUGUGUUCACAUCAAGAGGCCUCGCUCCCAGUUUGAGAAUCAUAAACAGUACAUAUACUGGUGUCUUCCAGUUUAAUUUGACCUUGUUCAGAGAUCAGAUUUACUGGUUGAUUGAUAUUCCCAGAGAAAACAUUACAAAAAAUACAGAUAUUGCAGCUGUAGAAGAAUGGUUAGUAAGAAUCACUUUACAACAGGGAUUCGAUAUUUAUACUACUGAAGGAACACUAUUGGAUAGUAUUCGAGAACCUAUUCUUCAGUGGAAGCUUGGGACUGUGAUGACAAAAAACAGUGUCAGUAGAUUAUAUCCACAUGUGGUAGAUCUCAAAGUGACAAAAUGCCCCUGUGCCAGUGAUGUAGCAUUGCUUGGCUUCAAUGCAGCAUAUGAUGGUAUGUACAUAGGCCUCAGUUUUUCUGGAUUUUGGAAUUAUGAUGAUACUAUAUGGUAUAACCUGACAGAUACGAUCUAUUCUUUGGUUGGAGAAGGGCACUCAGGGCUCUCAGUGGUGGAUAUGGUUUUAACAAAUCAUUUUUUAGUUAUCCUCUCCUCUUUGGGUCUUUUUGUAAGUGGAGAUCUUCGGUAUCCAUCAUCUCCUGUCUUAACGUUUUCAAGGGCAGACUUUUGUGGUUUUGAAAGGGUUGACUAUAUCAAAGGAAAAUUGUGGUAUAAUGAAAGAUGUUUUGCUAACAGAGAACACUUUGAAGUUGAUUAUGUUGCUGUCACCUUUGAGAGAAACAAGACCCUAAGUGAGGCAAGCUCUUGUUUUUAUGGCAAAGAACCAUUUCUUGAAUGGCUACCUUGCUUACCUCAGAUUUCAAAAGGAAUAAAAGCCAUUCCUUCAAUUGUGAAAACAUUUCUUGUUGACCCAGAGCGUAGAACUGGAGUCUACCUCCUCUCUAACCAGGUAGGCCUUACAGCCAUUGCCUCUGUGAGAAUCCUAGAAAAUAACAAACCAAGAUUAAAACAAAAAUUUCCGUUUUUCUCAUUUCCUUCAUCAUUCUCUUCUGCUGGAAUGAUAUUCCAUCCACGAAGCCAUUUUCUGUAUGCUUAUGGUAAUCAGGUUUGGUUUUCAGUUGAUGGCGGCAACACUUUUGAAUUAUUAGCUGACUUUCAUGAUGAUAUCAUAAAGAAUACUUACCACAGUUUUUAUACUUCAGAUAUUACUUUUGUUUCCCAGAGUGGAAAGGUUUACUUGACAAAGGCAGGAUUAGGAAGAUACAGUAAAAUUGGAUCUAUUUCUGAUAAAAUUUUUACCUUAUACUAUGACCACAUGGGAUUUAUCCAUAAACUGACUCCAGAUCAUUUUGAAGCUGGUGGGUCACCUGAAAACCUUGGAAAUUCUGAAGGUAUUUUUGGAAAGGCUCCUGAUAUGGGCUUUGAGACUGCGCUUGCUCCACAGUUUAUUACCCUUAAUGAAAUGAUCUUUUAUGCAUAUGUACCCGAGAGUGAGCCUGAGGAAAGUGUAUCCACCAAGAAAUUCAACAACAUGCACUUCGGACAAGUGAUACACUCCAGGAAAACUGGAACAGCUUACAUAAGAAAGAUAUUGCAACAUAACACUCCUGAAGGAUUUUUGUCCUCGGUUAUUGCAGAAAUUAUAAACCCUUUUGGAGUAGAAGAAGUGAAUGAGAGCUCUUGUUUGUAUAGUUCCCUUUCCAUUCAUCAUGCUGGGAAUUUCUCCUAUAGGCUUACUCUUCAAUUACAAACUCCAGGUAUUAUUUCUUUAUUUGAAGAUUCGGAUAUAGAGAAGACUGUGGUGAUUCCUGGUUACAGCAGCUUCCUCAUCACAAGCAUUAUAGACGCUAACAAUGCUUUAGCUAUUGCUACCAUGCCUGGGAGAGUACCUGACAAAAUGACCUUUCUGAAAGACUCUUGGUUCUUAUACAACUUUGGGCAAAGGAAUGGACGAACAUGGAAUAUAUACGCAAGACCGUGUAAUUACUAUUUUCAGCAACAUGAUGACUCACUCUCCCUUAAUGUCCUGAAAUACAUUGAUCUGGGGAAAUCCCAUGCUUUUAAAGUAAAGGUCAUACAUAAUACAAAAGGUAUUCGAACACUUGAAAUUCCAUUACUGAAAGUAAUUGUUGGAAACCCGAAUUUGUUGGAAGUUAAAGCUGAAGGGUCUUUUGAUGAUACUGAUAGUUAUCAAGUGGAAAUUUCUGCAGCUAGCAAAGUUUUACGUCACGGUUCAACUUCGCUGGCAUUAAUUGUCUGGGGAGCAUCAACUGAGUGCUUUGUUACAACAAUCGUGCCAACAUUGAAAAGCAGCUGUAGUUAUCUCAAAUCUAUGCAUCACAUUCCUAGUAAAAUUAUCCCACUGGAAGACUGGAUUAGCGGCAUUCACAAAGACAGGCAGGGUUUUAAUCUGAUCAAAACAUUGCCGGUAAACUACAGGCCUCCAUCCAAUAUGGGAAUUGCUAUUCCACUCACAGAAAAUUUUUACCAUGCAGAUCCCAGCAAACCCAUUCCAAGAAAUUUAUUUCACAAGUCAAAGAAAUCUGGUAAAUUCAAACAGUGUGCUAAUGUGUCUACUCGGAAAGAGUGUAAUUGCACAAAUGAUCAAAAGUUUUCACAUGCUGUUGCUUUCUCAGAUUGCAGAGAAAAGGUUCCUCGUUUUAAGUUUCCAGUUACACAAUAUCCAAUUUCUUUGGAAAUUCACAGUGAGGAUGGACAUAUCCCAGUGCAAUAUCCGUAUCUGGUUACUGUGACUGAAGUAAAUAGGAGGGAAAACUGGGAACUAAAACACAGUGUGCCAGAAAAUAUAAAAAAAUUGAAAGAUCACUUUGAAUUGAUUCUUCAUGCUCCCGUGUAUAAUCCUUUAGGCCUCAACCUAAGUAUAAAGGGCUCUGAGCUUUUUCACUUCAGAGUGUCCGUCGUUCCGGGGGUCACUUUCUGUAACUUAGUUGAAGAAUUCCAGAUUUAUGUUGACGAAGUACCGUUGCCAUUUCCAGGACACACACUGAUCGCCGUUGCAGCAGCUGUAGUGCUAGGGGGACUAAUUUUUACAGCAUUUAUGUUUAAAAUACGUGACAUCCACCCGCGGGAUAGGUACCAAAAACUUAUUAAAAAAAGCAACACUAAGUUAUCAAACAUCAGUUGCAAUCAGCCACCUUACAGAUGAAAAUCUGAAUUGCAAGCAAAUUAA